AUGAGCCCGGUAGCUGCAAAGAGGCACACUGAGAACAUGACACAGCUCAACAAGAAACAGUUAAGCAUAGAUGCAAAAAUGCCACCAAAAAAAUCCCCUCCAGCUCCUAAAAAAGCUGGCCCUCAACCACAGGUAAAGCGUGGCCAUGGGCCACAACCCACUCAAUCACAAUAUCCAGGAAAGGCGAUUAAAACAACACAGCGUUAUCCGGGAGCGUACAUUUCUCCUCCAGUUCAAGGUCAGGCACCUCGUGGGGUAAUUCGUUCGCUGGCACUCCUUCCACCUCUCAAAUGUCCUCCCGGAUUAGAAUAUUUAAACCAGAUUGAUCAGAUAAUAAUUCAGCAACAGAUUGAGUUUCUGGAAAUAAUAAUUGGCUUUGAAACUAACAACAAAUAUGAAAUAAAAAAUGGCUGGGGGCAAAGGAUUUACUUUGCAGCUGAGGAAACCGACUGCUGUACCCGAAACUGCUGUGGGGCAUCCCGGUCGUUUGCAAUGAAAAUCAUGGACAAUGUGGGCCAGGAAGUGAUAGAGCUCAGGCGACCUCUCAGAUGCUCCAGUUGCUGGUGUCCGUGCUGCUUGCAAGAGCUUGAAGUCCAGGCCCCUCCAGGCACCCCGGUUGGGUAUAUUAAACAAACAUGGGAUCUCUUUCUGCCUAAAUUCAUUAUCCAAAAUGCAGCUAAGCAGGAUGUUCUUAAAAUCGUUGGGCCCUGUGUAGUGUGCAGUUUUUAUCAAGAUAUUAAUUUUGAUGUGGUGUCACUAUAUGAGCAGAAAAGAGUUGGAAGAAUUUCUAAGCACUGGACUGGCUUUGCGAAAGAGAUCUUCACUGAUAUUGACAACUUUGGGGUCAAGUUCCCAUUGGACCUUGAUGUUAAAAUGAAGGCUGUCAUGAUUGGGGCUUGCUUCCUCAUGGAUUUCAUGUUCUUUGAAUCCGCAGGAGCUGAGGAACAGCGAGUUGGGGUCUGGCAAUAG